CUAAAUUGUCUUCUUGUUUUUUUUUAUACAUGACUUGAAAAUUUUGAGGAGUUUUGGAUCAUAGAUCGAUGAUGGCGAAGGACUCAAAAACUGGGGUGGUUGGUACAACAAUUUCAAUGAUUUUCUUGCUUACAAUUGGUUUGCUUUAUGCUGCAUUCACCCCCAAUAUUAAUCCCUUUGAGACAUGGAUGCACACCAGAAAAGAUGACGAAGUCUUUGGAGUGGAAGAGCCUCUCAAUUCUUUCUUCAAAAGACUAGUUAAAGGGGUAGAUAGAAUUCAACUCGAAACCACAGGGUUGUCUUGCCACUCUGACGUUCACUCGGAAGUGUGUGUGGCUAAUAGACCAGUUAUAGUUGACAAGAGUGCUUUAACAGUUUAUGUACCUUCAAAUGAAGCCCAAGUUGAAUACAAGGUUCAGCCAUAUGCAAGGAAAGAAGAUGGGACUGCAAUGAAGGCUGUCACACCAGUGCAAAUACUACAUGGAAACAUUAGUAAUCCUCCGGCUUGCAAUUUUUCUUACAACAUCCCAGCUAUGAUAUUCUCUUCUGGUGGCUUCACCGGAAACCUAUUUCACGAAUUCAAUGAGAUCAUCAUCCCCUUGUUCAUCAUGUCACGCAGCUUUCGAUCCCAGCUUCAGUUUGUCAUAACUGAUUUUAAGCCAUGGUGGGUUAGCAAGUACGAACGAAUUCUAUCAUCGUUGUCCAGUUAUGAUGUGAUAAAUUCAGUUGAGAAAGAAGGUGUUCACUGCUAUCCUGGAGCUGUCAUAGGCCUUAAGUUUCAUGACAACUUAGCGCUAAAUUCUUCCGACAUUCCAGGAGGGUACUCCAUGUUUGACUUCAAGCAGUUCCUAAGAGAAUCAUACAUGCUGAAAAUGAAGGAUGUCUCAAAUCAGAUGGGGAAAAAACCAGUGCUCGUUCUUAUAUCUCGUCGCAAAACAAGGAAGUUUUUGAAUGAAGAUAAGAUGGUGGAAAUGAUGGAAGAAUUAGGCUUUCAGGUUAUCGCUGCAACGCCUAACCAGACAUCUAAUUUGGACACAUUUUCGGGCUUAGUGAACUCGUGCAGUGUCAUGGUUGGAGCUCACGGUGCUGGCCUUACAAAUGCACUGUUCUUGCCAGCUGGGGCAGUGUUAGUGCAAGUGGUACCGCUAGGCCUAGAUUGGCCGUCCGCUAACUAUUAUGGUGGACCGGCGAGUGAAAUGGGGCUGAAUUACUUGGAAUACAAGAUUAAACCAGAGGAGAGUUCACUGAUUGAUGACUAUGGUCCAGAUCACCCUGUCAUCACGGAUCCCAUGUCUAUUUCCUUGAAGGGCUAUCGGGCUUCCAGGGCUGUGUACGUUGAUGGACAGAAUCUGAAGGUUAACUUGGUGAGGUUCCGAGAAACACUCGUUGAAGCUAUGAAACUUGUUGGAGGCUCCACUCCUUCAAAUUAAAGAACGAAACAUUGUAGUACUUGGUAGAAUUCAACUGUUUGCAAAUAUGUAUCAAAUGUUGAUUGCAAUUUAUUGUAAGUAGCUUCCAGUCAGGCUCAAGUUCU